AUGAGGGGGAUCAAUUGUUAUGAUUACUUCCGAUGCAAUAACCUAAAAGACAAGCGUCGCAGUUCGAUCGCAAUAAUAGUUCCAGAGAAAAGGCCAUCCCGCACACAAGUUCAUCAGUUGCCAAAAACCAAGUGCGGGAUCGCUGUAGUGAAAGGUCGUUUAGAUUCUCAGAGGAUUCAACAGCAGUUGCGUUUUUGUUCCAAUACUGCUGCAGCUUCAAAUAUUCGAAAUAAUUUGUCCCGUUCGGAAUCUGAAUGGAAUGCAGCUAAAAAACCAUUUGAAGAGAUGCCUACACUGGGCGCUUUACAAUUCCUGCGGAAAUUUCUUCCCGGAGGAAAAUAUGCCAACUAUGAUGCUACACAAAUUAUUAUGGGUCUGAGAGAAGAUAUGGGCCCUAUAUGUCGCAUUAAAUUAUAUCCCGGUCGACCGUAUAUGGUUUUCACUCAUAACCCCCAUGAUUUUGAACAGGUUUUUCGCAAUGAAGGCAUGUGGCCAACACGUCCGGGUUUGGAAGUUUUCAGCUAUUAUCGUAAUGUACAUCGGUCGGAUUUCUUUCAAGUUACUGAAGGUCUGAUUGGAACAAACGGCGAAAAGUGGUGGAAUUUUCGAUCAAUUGUCAACCCUAUUGUAAUGCAACCGAAAAAUAUCCGAUUAUACUUUCAAAAAUUGGCCCGGGUUAAUGAGGAAUUUAUAGAAAGAAUCCGACAAAUUCGUGACCCUCUGACCCUUGAAGUUCCGGAAAAUUUUCUAGAUGAAAUUAGUCGUUGGACCAUGGAGUCAGUAUCUGUAGUGGCGCUGGAUAAACAAUUGGGUCUUAUAAAUGAAAAUCGUGAAAAUUCCGAUGCCAAGCGACUAUUUCGGGCCCUUAACGAUUUCUUUACCUAUUCAUUGGAAAUUUCCUUUAAGCCAUCCAUAUGGAAAUAUUAUCAGACAAAAACAUUUAAGAAACUCAUGACGAGUAUGGAUGAAAUUACAAAUAUCACAAGUCACUUUGUGGAGGAGGCCAUUGCACGUCUAGAGGAAAAUCGUGAAAAUGGGGUACCCGAAAAACCCGACAAUGAGAAAAGUGUGCUGGAGAAGCUAAUAAAAAUCGAUAAGAAAAUUGCCAUGAUUAUGGCCAUGGAUAUGUUAUUGGCUGGAGCGGAUACGACCUCCUCAACAUUUGCGGGGAUCCUCUUGUGUAUGUCAAAAAAUCCUGAGAAACAAGAAAUCCUGCGCUCGGAAGUCCGAAAAAUAUUACCCCACAAGGACUCGAAAUUCAAUGAAUCGUCCUUCGGAAAUAUGUCCUAUCUGAGGGCAUGCAUUAAAGAAUCCCUACGUAUGUAUCCACUGACAGUGGGUACAGCUCGAAAACCAGCAAACAAUUUGGUGUUAAGUGGUUAUCGAGUACCAAAGGAUACACAAGUAUCAAUGGUAUCCACAUCAUUAUUACAGAAUGAUCGACAUUAUCCAAGGGCUAGAGAAUUUUUACCGGAACGUUGGUUGCGAACUUCCAAGGACUAUACGGAGGGUAAGGCAGAAUGUCCCCAUAACUUAAAGGCUAGCAGUCCAUUUAUUUAUUUACCCUUUGGUUAUGGUUUACGUGCCUGCAUUGGUCGCCGUAUUGCUGAAAUCGAAUUGGAAUUGUGUGUUGCUCGUUUGAUACGGAACUUUCAAGUGGAAUUUAAUUAUCCUACCGAGAAUGCAUUCAAAGGGGUACUGAUAAAUGUUCCCAACAUUCCAUUGAAAUUUAAAUUUACAAAUGUUAAGGAUUGA